AUGUCUUCUCAAGUCAAUCAUUCACCUCAAUCAUACAACCACACAGUAAGGAGCCGUUCCACGAGUGAUUCAGUACUACAAACCACUGCUUCAAAACGGCCUGCAGAAGACUUGGAGUUUCCUUACCCGCCCGGUAAAUCUCGGAGAUUGGAAUUCAUGAAAUGCCGAAUUAGAAUGGAUCACGAAGCUUGCAAUCUCCUUUCGAAGAGAUCAUCGAUGGCGUACCAUUAUUAUACGACCGGUGAUUACUCAGCGGCGGCGAAUGAGUACAAAACGUUUCUGAGCAAUCGUUCUUGGUGGAAGUCUUCCAUCAAGGAGGGCGGCAGCCUUAUCAUUAUCCAAUCGAUUUUCAAAUUAGCACGGUGCUAUAUCGCUUUGAGUCAGUUCGACCAGGCUCGAAUUACAAUACAAGAACUACAUGAUAUAAAAUCCGGAACAGCUAUAGGGUGGGGCCAUGCACUUUUCAACGAACUCGCUAGUCUCUAUUCUGAAAUAAAAGGAAGAUCAGCCGAGGUACAGGAUGCCAUCAAGGCAAGUCUCUUGAGUUCAUUCGAGUGCAUCGGUCAUACCAUGAGUUGCAAUGGAAAACACGAGGCGGCUGUGCAACUCCUUUCGAAAACCCUCACUUCCCUUCCCAUCGACGUGAACAAUCUGGACACAGACCUCAAAGACCUCCUAGUUGAGCUUCACCUAAGUCUUGCCGAAGGAUACACCUGUUUGGGGCAACCUACUGCCGCACUCUCAACAUUGGAGAAGGUUUGGAAUCCACACGGGAAUCUCUGUAUUACUUGGGGCCAUAGACUAUUCAAAAAGAUGGCAAACCUCAACUGGAGUUUGAAAAAAAGGGAUGGGUAA